AUGCUGUUAACACCCCAAGAAAGGUCCGCUUCAAGGAAGAGGACGGGAGUGAAUGGCUGGAAACGGUUCACAAGGAAGCCAAGUCCCAAGCCUGCCUUUGACCCUGACAAUGUGCAGCAAUGGAUGAAGAGAGUGCAGAAAGCUUCAGAAUUGGCUGUUUCAAAAGCAUUUUCUGCUGGAAGUUCAGUUUUACCUGGAAGGGUUUGGGAACAAACCAUAGAAUUAGAAACAUCUGAGCAAAUACAAGAUAAUGAUGAAGCUUAUGCAGAAGCUCAGGAGCUGAUCAGUGAUUGGUUAGACACCAAACUUAAGCAAGAACUAGCAAGUGAUGGAGAAGGUGAUGCUGAAGACACUGUGUCAAGUGUUACUCCUAUGGUAGAAGCCAGUGGCCUUUUGAAAUAUGACAGGUUUGAUGAUUUAUGUGGCUAUUUGGAGGAAGAAGAGGAAAGUACUACCGUUCAAAAAUUUAUGGACCAUCUGCUCCACAAAGAUGUGGUGGAUUCUGGGAUAUUGGAAGAUCUUGGAAUGACAGAAAACCAAGACAAGAAGCAGCAGAAGGAUCCUCGUCUUACCAUGGAGAUGAGACAUAAGCAGGUAAAAGAAAAUCGCUUAAGACGUGAGAAAGAAUUAGAACGCCAGAGAAUCGAAAAGGCCUUGAAAAAAUCGGCCUUCUUAGAGGCUCAGUGUCUGGUGCAAGAAGAGAAGAAAAGGAAGGCUCUGGAGGCCAAGAAAGAAGAGGAGGAGAUUCAAAGGGAGAUGGUAAAGCUGCGGAGAGAGAUAAUUGAGAGGAGACACACUGUGGAAGAAGCAUGGAAAAUAGAGAAGAAAAAGCAAGAAGAAAAUUUUCAAAGGAAACCAGAAAAGGACAUAUUUGAAAGUGCUCAUAUUCCUCUGGAUGAAGAAAAAAUGGCAAAAGAAAGAAAGAGGAAAUUGAAAGAGUUAUUAAUGCAAGUUUCCAAGGAAAAUAACCAGUGUCAAAAACGGUAUUUCUCUGCCUGGCACAAGCUGAUUCUUGAUCAUAGGAUUAAGCUGGGGAAAGCUGGGACCCUGUCCAACUGGAAGUUUCAGCUAAAGGUCCUACGAGCUUGGAGAGACCACACAAGAUCCCAGAAGUUGGAGCGGGAGACUCAAGCUAUGGAAAAUGAUCUUAGGGAAGAAAACAGAAAACAACAAGUGGCCACUGAAUAUUACCGGAAGCAAGUUCUACGACACUACUUCGCAGAAUGGCAGCAUUGGCAUUGUGUAGAGAUCCGAAAGAGAGAGCUGGCUCUAACAAAGGAAGAAACCAGGAAGAAAAUGGACGCGGUGCUGAAGGCAGCAUCACUAGGGAAACUAAGUGCAAAUGAGUCUUCAGGCACAAGUACUCCACUUGAGAAGGCAACAGCCACUGUGGAACCAUCCACAAGAGAUGGAGAGGUGACUGCUGAGUCCCCCUUGUGGGAAAAGCCUCCUUUGGAGAGCAGUGGUUGUAUGCUGAGUCUGCCUCUAGGAAGACCAACAAAGAGUACCUUUCAGGUUCCCCUUCAGAAUGUCCCUCUAAACACGCCUGACAAUAAGCAGCCCAAGACUGUGGACCCUGAGCCCUCCCAACAGCCUGGCAGCAAUGAGAAGCUCAGAACCACCAACCAAAAAGCAGAGCCCAUUUGCUUGGGCCAUUUCCACACCCGCCACAUCUUCCAGCAGCAGCUGAUUGAGAAGCAAAAGAAGAAACUUCAGGAACAGCAGAAAAUAAUUCUCGAGCUGAAGGAAAACCAGCGGCUGGCAGAGGCUCGGUGGGCAGAGGAGCGUGCCGCAGCAGUCACAGGCACACAGAGCCGCAGCCUGUCAAAUCCCACAGAAGAGGAGGAACUGAAAAGAACAUGUCAGAUGUUUCUUAAUUCACCUGCUGCUUCACCUGGGACUGAGGGCAGUAGAAGUGACUCCCAAAAUUCUGUUUCUGGACCCAGAAGGAGCCCAAGGCAGCCGAUGGCCCCCCAUCCCAUACUGAAAGCCAUGGAAGAGAGAGCAAUUCAGCGAGCUGAACGUAGGCGGAUCUUGGCAGAGAGGAAGAAAAAACAAGAAGAAGAGAAAUUGGCCCAGUUAAAGGCCCAAGAGGAGGAGCAUCAGAAGAGGGAAGCAGAAGAAAAGGAGGCUCAGCUUGAAAGAAAACGAGAAGAAAAGAGACUGAAGAAAAUGAAAGAACUAGAGAAACAGAAGAGAAUUGAGAGGAAUCAGCAGUUGGAGGCAGUAGCGAAAGAACAUUAUGAAAAGGUUGUGCUAAGAAAAAUAGGUUUGGAGCCUUGGAAAAGAUUGAGAAUGCAAAGCAAACAAAAUAUCCAGGUGGCCAAAGAACAUCACUCUUUGGCAGUACAAAGGAAAUGCCUGCUGGCCUGGUUCCAGUCCACUCAUCAAAGCUUGGCUAGAAAGGCAGCCCGGGCUGACCAGUUUUAUUCCCAAAUACUGCUUAGGAGAGUCAUCUGGAGCUGGCUACAGUACCUGACUGAUCUAGAAGCAGCAGCAAGAAUACUUUAUGCACGUUUUCUUCAGAAGAAGAUGUUUGGGGCCUGGCUUAAUGUGGUCAGGGAGGCCAAGAUUGAUUCUCAGAGCAAGUACCUGAUUGCUGUGGAAUAUAGUGACAAGAGGAUUUUCAAGACCACAUUUCACACAUGGAAGCAGUCUGCAAGAUUUAUGAAAGAGGAAAGAUUAAAAGAAGAAAGGAGAGAGCAACUCCGUAGGAAGGUAGCUGAAAUUCUUCCAGACUUCCAGAUGCUGGCACCACCUUAUUAG